AGUGCACCUUCUUCUUUUCUGACUCUCUUUAUUUUUCUUCUUCCUUUGCUCUGUUCCCUUUUUCCAAUUUUUGAAAGAGGAAAAAUGGCAAUGGGUUCGUUGAGUUCGAAGAAAUGGCUUUCGUUUGGCUUCAGUUCUCUGCUGCUUCUGUUGCUUCUCGUCGGAGUUUACGCCGCCGGUGUUAGGAGCAACGACGGUUCCGACACUAGGACUGUGGAAAAAGAGCAGUUGCUGAGCUCUGAAAACUCAACAAUGGCGGUGAGUUUGGGAGAGGCUGAGGAGAAAUUAAGCAAACAUGCAGUGGAAGAUCCAGAAGAAGUUGUUGCCAUGGUUGCAGAGAGCAUUAGGAAUAGCACUGAGAGGCGAAAACUUGGAUAUUUCUCAUGUGGGACAGGAAAUCCUAUUGAUGACUGCUGGAGAUGUGACCCCAAUUGGCAAAAGAACCGGAAACGCCUUGCUGAUUGUGGCAUUGGUUUUGGGCGAAAUGCCAUUGGUGGUCGUGAUGGUCGUUACUAUGUUGUCACUGAUUCGCGUGACGAUGACCCUGUUAACCCCAGGCCUGGUACUAUUCGUCAUGCUGUUAUCCAGGAGGAACCCCUAUGGAUUGUGUUCAGUCGCGACAUGGUCAUACAGUUGAAACAGGAGCUCAUUAUGAACAGUUUCAAGACAAUUGAUGCUCGUGGCUACAAUGUUCACAUUGCCAAUGGAGCUUGUAUCACGAUCCAGUAUGUUACCAAUAUUAUUAUCCAUGGUCUCCACAUCCAUGACUGUAAACCAACAGGAAAUGCCAUGGUGAGGAGUUCAACAACCCAUUUCGGCUAUAGGACAAUGGCUGAUGGUGAUGCCGUUUCUAUCUUUGGCUCAAGCCACAUAUGGGUUGAUCAUAACUCACUCUCUCACUGUGCUGAUGGUCUUGUUGAUGCUGUAAUGGGCUCAACUGCCAUUACUAUUUCUAACAAUCAUUUCGCCCAUCAUAAUGAGGUCAUGCUAUUGGGCCACAGUGACUCCUACACUAAAGACAAGCAGAUGCAAGUGACAAUUGCAUAUAACCACUUUGGAGAGGGUCUCAUUCAAAGAAUGCCUAGGUGCAGACAUGGCUACUUCCAUGUAGUGAAUAACGACUACACUCACUGGGAGAUGUAUGCUAUUGGUGGAAGUGCUAACCCCACCAUUAACAGCCAAGGAAACAGAUACCUCGCCCCAACUAAUCCUUUUGCAAAGGAGGUAACGAAAAGGGUUGACACAGCAGCAGGUCAAUGGAAGGGAUGGAACUGGAGAUCAUCGGGAGACUUGAUGCUUAAUGGUGCCUAUUUCACUCCAUCAGGUGCUGGAGCUUCAGCAAGCUACGCAAGAGCUUCAAGUUUAGGUGCCAAGUCCUCCACGAUGGUUGGUGCCAUUACCUCAAGUGCUGGUCCCCUUGCCUGCCGUAGAAGCCGCACUUGCUAGUACAGCCAGCUUCACUCUAUCAUUUAUACAGAUUUACCAAAAGAAAGUGUCCCUCUUUUCCCUUUUUUGCUUCUUCCACUGUUAGAUUUCCAUUCUUACUACUAAAAAGCACUACUCUAUAGUCCUCCCAAACCAAAGUUAUAUCCCAUUGUUUGUCAAUCAGUCCAUUAAUCCAUCUAUUCGAUUCCUCUUGGCAAGUGUACAUUUUUUACACUGUCAAUUCAUCAGUUCCUGUCUCAAAGCGUUGUGCAACCUCGGCCUCAUUUCAAUUCAAGAAAAGCCAAUGUCUGUUCUUGAAGCAGGUGCAGAAGUGUUGUCCAUGCCCAAUUUCUUCUUUGUUUGUUUUUUUUCAAUCUCAAGAGUGCUCAGCUUUCUCAUCCAUUGGUUUCUUCUAACCACCACCCUUUGUUCAACCCUCAUUCUAUCUUUGUGAUGCUGUCUUGAGUCUUUAGUCUGCAAUAUUGUGCUUUGGCUAUUGUGUUUUUCCCUUUUUUUAUUACUAUAGGAGUGAAUGGUUUUGUAAGUUUUUUCUUAGCUUUUUUGAGUCAUACAAGCUACAUAGUGUGAAUUGUCAAAAAAAUUGUUAUUGGAAGGGAAAGAAAAGAAGAACCUUUCUGUUUGAAA